AUGGCUAGACGCGUUCUAAAGUGUGUGCAGUUAAAUCUUCAUAAAUCCAAAUCGGCGACACAACAGCUAAUUUUAAAUAUGGAAGCUGAUGAUAUUGACUGUGCUUUGGUUCAGGAACCUCAUUAUUACAAGAAUGUUCUUCCAGGAUAUCCUGGCACUUAUAGACUUUAUUGUGAUCCUAAUUCUGAUAAUGUAAAGGCGGCAAUCAUUAUUCGAUCACGUGAUCUAUCAACAUUUCUUGAUUAUAAAAAUACGGAUUAUAAUAUGGUUACCUUGGAUAUUACUGUUGGCUCAACUGUGCUCACUCUUUUUUCAUACUAUUUUGAACCCUCAAGAAACAUUUACCUAGAUCUUCAUAAAAUUAGUCAAGUCUUUUUGUCCAAAAAUCUUAAUCGACUGGUUUGGUGUAUGGACACUAAUGGCAAAUCUGAAUUAUGGUUUAGUCCGUAUUCUGACUCUCGUGGAGAUAAACUGAGUGAAUUUAUUUCUGCCAACAACCUAUUUGUUAUUAAUGAAGAUUAUGGACCUACGUUUCAGGCAACUCUGGGUUCUAGUUAUAUUGAUGUUACUGUUAUUGGUUCAGAUCUUCUCCAGGAUGUUUCGAGUUGGCGGACUGUCUGA